AUGACUGCUUCUGAACGUGAAGUCGAGGGUGCACAUGCCUUGGUCUCGCGGAUCUUGUGUGAGUGGAAUUACCUUGUUGCCGCUGCGACGCACAUGUUGUACGUGUGCACCGCCUCGGUCGUGUCAGAUUUCUUGCGAAGCAGGUACACUUCUUUCAUCUUCGUGUAGUCGUCGGUGAUCUUGCACGCGUACGCGAAGGAACCUCCUUUAUAUUUCGCGGGUGGAUUAACAGGCCCCAUGUUGUCGAUGACCACAAGCUGUCCAGGCCGUGAUAGUUCGCGAGUCGAUUGCUUCGGGUGGGGGGACUGCUUGUGUUUCGCGAUCUGGCAGACCCGGCAAGGGGAGAGACUGUCGCGAUAGUCCACCCCGGUACCCGUGUCCUUCCGAAGGAUGUCCAGGCUCCGAGCAUUGAGAUGUCCAAGCCUCCUGUGCCAGGUGUCCGCGCUCACUAGCGUAAAGCAGACGGCGUUCGCCGUGUGGGUCUGUGACUGCUUCUGGUGGGGCACGAGGGAUUUCGUGCCAGAUGGCUGGACGUUCUGCUCGAACGUGAUGUCGAGGGUGCACAUGCCUUGGUCUCGCGGAUCUUGUGUGAGUGGAAUCACCUUGUCUUGGAUAGUGAGGUGCGGAGUGCUCUCUUCGACGACGCAGCGCAAUCCCUUUUUCAGGAGGGAGGUGGGAGAAAAAAUGUUGCGACCAAGUCCAGGAACGAUGAGUCCCUGAAUCCGCACGCGCAAUUGCUGUCCUCGAUUGUCCUUGACGGUGCAGUGUAGGAUGCCCGUGGCCGUGCCUUUGAGUUUUUCGCUGGGUGUAAUCGUGGAGGUUUCCGUCGGGGAUGAGGCGAUUGUCAAACAUGGUCUCCGAUGCUCCCGUGUCUACCAGCAGGCCUACCCCGGUGGAGCUCGCGGCGAAGUUGCGUCCUGAGAUGCGGGAACACGUGCCGAACAUGAAGCCGCUGUCAAAGGCGUCCUCGUCCCGGGUGAAGUCGACAACUGCCACUUCAUUGUUUGAGUCGUGCUUGUUGGACGCCGACGAGCAGUGAGUGCAGUUGGAGCACGCGGUGAAUGCUUUACUUGAGUCCUUGGUGUCUUCCGGGCGCUUUCCUCCUUGCUGGUAGCAUUCCUCGUCCGAGUGAGACGUGGUGUUGUGCUUGGAGCACCACUUGGUAGCUCCGGCGGGCUUCGUUUUCUUCUUCGCCCUGUUCUUGAUCUUGGGGCAGUUCCUCCUGAUGUGCCCCGGCUCGUAGCAGCUGUGGCAGAUGAUGUCAGACGCGGUCGUUGCCAUGGCAAAUCCUCGACCAGCUAUGCGUCCCUUUCAUCUCUUGCGCGAUUGUUCGUCCAAGAAGAUGUUGCGCAUGGUGGAUUGCAUGUCCAGGACGUUGAAGGUUGGGUCUCUGAACACCAUCAGUUUGACGUCCUUGUAUUCGUCGGAGAAGCCCUGUACGCAGAUGUCCUUGAAGCGGCGGUCGGAGAUGGGUUCUCCCAUCUUAUCCAGCUGGGUGCGAAGUAGGUGCUUCUGGUUGAAGUAGUCGUCGGGAUUUUCACCAGGGUUCAUGGGGUUGUUCUCCAGCUCCUCCAUCUUGGCCCUGAUGACCUCGUCCGUUACCCUGUCAUAGUUGUUGCAGAGCUCCUCGAAGGCAGCUUGUCCGUCGCCGCUGAUGCCAGUGUCGUCUUCGUGCUUCUGUAUCGACAAGGCGGCUGGAAGUUCCACUAGGAGGAAAAGAAUGGCGUAGAGAUCUUCGUUUGCACUUGUGUAGGAGUCGAAGGCCGCUGUGCCUGCGGGAUCUGGCUUCCUUUGUUUCUUCAGCAGUGGCAGGAUGUCCUUCCUGGUCACACCUAACACCACGCAGAAUUUCCUCAUCCAUGUCUUGAACUCAGCUGGGUCCUUUCCGUCGAAUUUCUUGAGGCCUUUGAUCACGGUUGCCAGGUUCGUAGAACUAUCGCUGGCGAACGCGCUUCCACCUCCUGUGUUGCUCGUUGCAGUAUCCAUUGCUCGUUCCAGCUUUAUUUUCUUCGUCUUGAUAAAAGUACUUCCUGCUGUAGGAGUAAGGUUGCUCGUGGUACUACUGCCUGUA